AUGUUCAGCUCGUCGUCGCCUUCAGGCUCAAACAACAGCACCAAGUCAGAUGUCGAGUGGGUCUUCAAACACGACAAACUGGCCAUGAUUUGCCUCACAUCCCCAUGGCUACCUGAAUCCUAUCUGUCGAACGGAAUGGAAUUUCUCAGCAGGGAAGCGAAGGAUAAGCCGUCCAUGCGCGUCCUCGUGGUCUUUCCGUGCGAGGGAAGCCAUGAAAGGGAGCCAAAAGCCCUUCAGAACCUCAGGAGACUGCAAAAUAUAAGGAGAAUGAUUAAUUCCUCCAUCGAAGCUGUGUGCAAGGAGAUUGGUGAAGACUCGUCCAAGCUCGCGUUGCCGACCAUGCUGCUGGUGAAGAACUCGAGAGUCGUUGCUAGGAUAGCUGGGCUGACGAAGGGAGAUAUAUCCAAAGCUGUUGAUAUGAUGGCAAGUGAUCACCCGAAGAAUCCUGGAGCAACUUCACCAGGGAUGAAGCAACCUGUUUCAAAACCUGCCAAUGUUGUAGGAGGAAGUUUGACGUCCGACUCUGGACAGAAAUCUCUGGAGAUUCCAGCAGAAGUCUCACUGUGCCCACAAGCAACAUCUAAUCUGUUCGAAGUUGUUCUCAAGAACGCACAGGAGGCCGAACAAGAAAUGACUACCAUCCACACGGCUCUGAUGAAUCAGAAAUGGGAGAGUGCUUGCAAAACUGAAGACAUAGAGAGCCUGGACCACUUGAGGAAACGGACUUCCGCAUUCUUCAAGAGAGGGAAAAAAUCUUUCCCAGAUGGUGCAAGAAUCCAUAACAAAGUUGAAGAAAAUCUGGCAAAAGCAGAGUCGAUGCUCGAAGAUUGCAAGAAACAAGCUUUCCUCCAUGAAGAGAAUGCUUCCUCUAACAAUCUUGCUGGUGGUAAGGUAGGAGCUGAUGCAGAAUGGCUAGCGAAUGAGUUAGAGCCCCUGAAGAAACUGAUCGAGAACGACGGUACAAGCAACAACAACCUCCGAUCGUCCCCGCUUGCAAGGCAGGUCAUGCUGCGGUCUUCUCAAUCUCCUUCACCAACUUUGAGGGCAAUCAACAUGAAGAGCAUGAUCACAGCAAUGGAUGAGCUCGACAUAGCAAAACCCGUACCGCGCAGUUUGGUUCUACAACCGUUUUUGGAGGCGGCAGACAAAGACUCCGUCAUGCGACUGACUACUUCUGCUACUUUGCGUCGGGAUUCCGAAGACAAGACGAGAAGGCCGAAGGAGGAGAGAACGGCAAAGCAGAAGCUAAUGACGACUUUGAAAUCAAAGCUGUUCACAUGA